AUGUUAAAAUCAAUAACAAGAAGAAGAAAAAAAUAUAUUUUCUUAGAUUACUUGAUUGUUUUGUUUACAUCACUCUAUUUAAGAAUCAGGACUAUUGAUAUGGAUUUUUACAGUUCUAUUUAACCUAAUUAUUUGUGGCUUCUAACCAUUCUAUUUGGAUUAAUGUUUGCAAAAAUAGGUAUUUAUAAAUUAAUGGAUGAAAGGUAGGGUAUGGUGUAUUUUUAUAUGUGUAAAUUUGAAUCUACUCAGUAUCUAUUACUUUAAUAAUACAAAUAAUAUAGUCUUUGCAACAAGCAUUUAUAAAUUGACUUAUGACAGUUUGAUUCUAUUAGUCAUAUGUCAUAGUUUCAAUAUAUUUAGAGAUAAAGGAUUUUAAGUAUUGACUUAUUGCUAUGCUUUUGGGAAGUAUUAAUUUAUAUUUAUAAGAGUUACUGUGAAAUAGCUCAGAUAUUUAUUAAUUUAAAAUAUUUCAAAUACUUCCUAUUCAUACUUAUUAUAUCUCUAUCAUUUAUACGUUUAAGAUGCAGAUAAUUAUAAUAACCUAAUUAUUUUAUUGUGA